AUGAUUUUCUGAAUCUUCAAAAUUUUUUAAACUAUUCUUGAUUUUAAACUUUCUGAUACCUCGCCUUAAUGAGUCCAGCUACAUGAAAGGGAUCUCUACAUCCUAUAUUUUGUUCCCACAAAAGCUGGCCUUUUUUGGCAAGGUGGAAUUUCUACUUUACAGUGUGAUCCUCUAAUCAUGCUAGAGCUCCUGUUAGCAAGCCUAUCUGUUUUUUUGUUGUCUUUUAGAUAUUUGAGUUACCUGCGAUCCAUACCAGCUUAACUGUAUUUUUGUCGGUUAACGAGGUCAGAGUUUUUCUGCAAUUAUGGUCAGUCCUUGACUAGUAUAUAUUAAUUAUGGACAGCCAUUGACUGGGUUAUACAUUGAUCACGUUCAGUACAAGUCCUGUUGUUAUGAGCAUAUUCGGUACUACUCUCUCAAUGAGAUCAUCUUUUAGGCGGUUGUUGUUAUUCUCAUUAGGCCGCUAAUGCCGCCUAAUACCAAUCUUUGCUCAAGUAUUUGAUUUCUUCGGUAAGUGGCUGUAUUACGUAUAGGAAUUUUUCUUUUUAUGGACAAAUCCCUUUGUUUUAUUUUACAAAUUUUCGAAGUGGUAAAUGUCGAGGCCCGCUGGAGGGAUACUAAUACAUUAGUCAAUAAAAGUAUACUGUCGCAGUAAUAUUCGCGCUACGUUCGUAAAAGCAAUGGAAAGUUUAAAACAAUUUACAAAUUAAAUUGCACAGGGUAACGAAAAUCGAAGUAUUUGAACAAAAAAUAAUGCGCACUCGCCGCGCCGUCGUCUUAUAGUCUAUGAUGUAUCUAGAGUCAAUAAACAUUUUCAAAGUUACAAUGGAGAAAUUUAUUGCUCUUUUAAUUUAGACAAUGCAGUAACAAUUCAUAUCUCUGGUGCAAAGUAAAUCUAAUGUAGUAUUUUGACUUUGAAAAUCUUUCUUUGCUAUAAACUUUUUUGCGUGUCUUAGGAUUUUUACAACGAAGCUGGUGUCAAAGUCCCUACCUGCUAACUAGCAAUUUGAUUGUUUCAUCGAUAGGCCAUAAGGCGACGGCACGGCAAGCGUGUAUUAUUUUUUCAUAACCACUCAGCUGAUUCAACCUUAGCUGCUAAACUUUAAUGCUUGACAUUUUUAAAACUGAUUUCAUUACAUUCACUAACGUUUAUUUAUAAGCAUAGAAAUAAACUUUUGUAAGGUUCGAACAUUUGACAAUUUUUUUUUUAUGGAAUCAUAAAACAUACAUUUAUAGCGAUUUAUGAAGAUAGGAACGAAACUUUGUAUACCCGUUCAAAGCGUCUAAUGAAAGUUCAGAAGAAAUGAACUCGAUAUAUACAAACGAUUUUUUAAAAGACUGUUACUGCAUUGCCGUUAUCUAUGCUGAUGCGUGACUAUUGGGAUCUCACACAUGGGCGGGAUUAAUAUAUAUAGUAUGCCAACAUGGCGGGAGUGUCCCACAUGUUAUGCUGUGUUUAGAUAGCGCGAAGCUAGUAUUUAAGCUUAAAAAUGAUAAGCAUGAAGAAUAUUUGCGAUUACGCUGGAACUAAUCCCAAACAGCGUAAAUUUAUAGAAGGUGAAAGGGUUUAUAAGGCAAAAUUUAUUAUAAAAUGCGGUAAAACUGCAGUAUCAGAAGACAGUGGCACGACCAGCAUCUCAGCUGUCUGCUUGCAGACGACUGCUGUUAAAGAUAAAAGUCCUCAUGAAAUAAAUGGGGAGAUAUCGAGAAACGGCGAUAUUCUGCAUUUCAAAUGCACUUGUAAAGUUGGUCUAGGCGAAAAAUGCAAGCACAUCGUAGCCACUUUUUUGUAUAUUUACCAAAAAGGUGAUGACUUGGAAGUUUUGUCUUGUACAGACAAAAAAUGUGGUUGGAAACAAGAUCACAGUAAGGUCUUGGAAGAGUAUGAUGCAGCUCCAUUAAUGCAACAUUCUUGUUUUGCGGAGCCUGCUGUAAAAACAAAGAAAAUUGUCAAUGCAUCCUCGAUCAAACGUUGCUUAGAACCUGAACAAUAUGAGGUGAUUGCUGAGAACGAACUUGGAGAAAUUGAGACUCUACAAUCCAAUCAAAGUUCUUCUGGGUCACAAGAUCAGGCAGUUGUAGUUAAAAAGAAAAGAAAACCUGUACCAGAAGUAGAAGUAUCGGAGUCACAACUGAGUGAAAUUGCAUGUAUCAUUCGCAAUCAACUGCCAAUGUCUGCCUUAGCUAAGCAUGAGAAGACACGAUCCAAUUGUUUUGAAAGAAAAAAGCAAAGUCAGCCAAGCUGAAAAAGAAGUCAUCAAGAUAAUUUUGGAAGCUCAAGACAGUGACACUAUGUAAUAUAUACAGAAAUUUGAAGUGCCAGUUCUACAAGACUGUUGCCUGAAUACCAUUUGAUCAUCUUUCUCACAAUCUGCAAACAAUAUCUGAAAAUACAAAAGAUCAUUAUGCCCAUUGGAUACGUGAAAGACAGUACCGGAUAACAGGAUCUAUAUGUUACGGACUGUUUACAUAUACAAAGUCAAGGAGAAGUGAGGUUGAAUGGAAGAAAAAAUUCCAGAGUACGUUUGCACCCAAGAAUUUCAAAACUGCUGCUAUGGAGCAUGGAAAUUUGACUGAAAGUGAAGCUCGUAAUGCUUUUAGAAAAGUGGUAAAUUCUGAAGUCGUUGAAGUUGGACUGAUUGUUUCCCGAUUAAAUCCAUGGCUAGCAUACUCACCUGAUGGAAUUUUGAUUAAACUAAAAAAACCAAUAGCUCUACUUGAAAUCAAAUGCCCUAUGGCAGGAAAAUCUGCAGGCAUACAGGAAACUGUAAAUAGUCAGAUGAAAAAGUGUUUAGUACAAGUAGGAGAGAAUAUUAUUUUAAAGGAAAAACAUGCGUACUAUGGACAAAUCCAGUUGGGAAUGGCUGUACUUAAUUUACCACUAUCGUAUUUUUUGAUUUAUUCACCUUUUGAUACAAACUUAUUUAUAUUAAGGGUAGGUAGCAUUGAAAAAAGUAUACUUUGCUUAUCGAUUACAUGAUAUAUGUCUUAAUAAACAAGAUUGUGAUAAUACUGCUAGUAAGCAAUUACUAGUUGAGUCUACGGCUGUUCAAGUAACUAAGCAGAUUACUAAUCUCAUAUGAUUCAGUAUUUACAUUGAUCUCAAGCUGUGUUCGUACUAACUCAAUUACUGAACUUUAAAAAUCUAUGUUAUAAAUAAUUUAUUUUGAUUCGACCAAGUGAUACUACUAUAAGUAUUUGAUUACAUACAUAGUUUAUUUGUACUUAAUGUGUAAAAACGUAUUAGUAAAAAUUUUAAUAAAAACAGAGUUUAAAUGAUCAA